AUGGCACUGUCCGCGGUGUACGUUGCGCUAACUGUUGCUGCCCUGUGGGCUGCGUCUGGCGCGUAUGGAGAAGAUUUAAACUCCUUGUGCGACAACGUACGCUUUGGCCCAUUACCGCAUCCGUCCGAUUGCCGACUUUACGUGAUGUGUGUCCUUUAUACGCCUGUCGUGUUGUCCUGCCCGGGUGGAUACGUUUUUCAUCCGGAUGUGCAGUUUUGUGUGCAGGAGUCACAGUAUCGGUGUGAUACGGAGGCAUCAAUUUCAACUACCACACCUGAACCAACCAGUGUCACAACGGAACCGGAAUGUGAGCGACGUCCUUCGUGGGAAUCUUUCUUCUGCGACGAUGUGCAAAGAACACUCGUGACGAAUCCGAUGAACUGUACGCAAUACAUCCACUGUCAAUCGAACCCACCGAGGAAUCAUCGGUGUCCGGUUGGAACGCUCUUCAACGAUCUGUAUCAGGACUGUUUGCCUGGAGACACCGUGUCUUGUGCGUUGGAAAGCGUCAGCCAGGACUUUUGUGGGAAUCGAGUAGACGGAAGCUACGCACAUCCCUACCAGUGCAACCGAUUUGUCUCCUGUGUACGGCAACAGACGAGACUGGAAUCGUGUCCACCAUUUUUUGUGUUUGAUGCAGCUAAAGCACAUUGUGUGAAGGGGAGCGUUCUUGCCUGCUCGAGUCUGUUGAAUUAGCGAUAAGA